GCUCUGACAUGGUCUCGCGGGAGUGAAAGUCACUGCUGGCCGCGCAAUUUCGUCGCUAGGAUCUUCUCCAGCAGCUGGUAUGUGCAAGGAAACUGUUGCGCCCUCUACAGGAGAAUGGAUAGAAGAGUUGGAGCGGGAGAGCGCUAGAAUGGAGGAGGCUGUGGGCGAGCACCACACUCACGAGCCGGCUUCCAACGAGUGCUGCUCCGUGCUGGUGCAGGAGGUCCGAGCGCCGGUGGAGGUGGUCUGGUCAGUGGUUCGCCGGUUCGACCAGCCGCAGUGCUACAAGCGAUUCAUACGCAGCUGCUCCACGCAGGGCGACCUCAAAGUGGGGAGCACCCGGGAGAUCACGGUGGUGUCGGGGCUUCCCGCGACGACGAGCAAGGAGCAGCUGGAGAUCCUGGACGAGGACAAGCACAUACUGAGCUUCAAGGUGCUGGAUGGCGACCACAGGCUCAGGAACUACAGGUCCAUCACGACGCUGCACGAGACGCUGGUCCAGGACCGGCCGGGGACGCUGGUGAUGGAGUCGUACGUGGUGGAGAUCCCGGACGGGAACACCCGGGAGGACACGCUCACUUUCACCAACACGGUGGUGCGCUGCAAUCUCCAGUCGCUGGCUCGGACCUGCGAGAGGCUCCUUCCCCAUGCGGUCUAGACGGAUCCGGGGAAAGCUUCGAGCGCUCCCCUCGGGACGCGGCGGUGAUUGUCGAGACGCGAAAAACUGGGGGGUAAUCGUCGAGCUCUUUGCCUGGCUGAUGAUCUCGUGUGGUUUAUGGUGUGUACGUGAGGACUACGAAAAUUACAGGUUUCGGUGUACAAAGUGGCAGAAAAAGGCUAUGGCGGUGGAGGGAGAGGAGGCUGAUAUUUUUUAUAAGAUGGGAAAAAAUUCGGGCACCUUUUGUGAUGCUACCCGGGAUAUGCACUGGGAAUUUUUAUACUUUGCUGUGUACUUAUAUAACUAAAGGUAAUCGAGCUUCCUUGCAAUCUUUGCUUCUUGA